UAUACGAUAUUUCAUUAUAUUUGUUACAGAUAACGUUAUGAGUAAUUAUCUAUUUCAUUAAAAUGCACCGUGGAAGUGGCGUACCCCAAUCAAUGAAGCAGACCUCGAAAUAUGUGUGGUCCACCAACGAUGUUUUAGGACAGGGGGCAACAGGAUCUGUGUAUAGGGGAAGAAACAAGCGAACUGGAGAACAAUAUGCAAUCAAAGUAUUCAAUUCGUUCAAUUAUAUGGCCCGACCAGCAGAAGUCCGGUCUAGAGAAUUCGAGGUUUUACGAAAAGUUGACCAUCGAAACAUUGUCCGAUUAUUUGAUGUUGAAGAGGAGAUUUCUACAAAGCACAGUGUGAUAGUUAUGGAAUUAUGUGGAGCUGGAAGUUUAUUUUCAAUGUUGGAUGAUCCUGAAAACAUGUAUGGAUUAUCAGAAGAUGCUUUUAAAGUUGUCUUGCAUGACAUAACCGCUGGCAUGAAUCAUUUGCGAGAGAAAGGUAUUGUUCAUAGGGAUUUGAAACCUGGUAAUAUCAUGAGAACAUGGGCGGAUGAUGGAAAUCCUGUUUACAAAUUAACUGAUUUCGGAGCUGCUCGGGAACUUGAUGACAAUGAACAGUUCGUGUCAUUGUAUGGCACUGAGGAGUAUUUGCAUCCUGAUAUAUAUGAACGAGCUGUGUUAAGAAAACCAGCAGGAAAAACUUUUACAGCCUCUGUGGAUUUGUGGAGUAUGGGAGUCACUCUCUAUCAUGUUGCUACUGGACAAUUACCUUUUCGACCUUAUGGUGGUGCAAGGAGAAAUAAAGAGACAAUGUACAAAAUCACUACUGAAAAACCGUCUGGCGUCAUAUCUGGAACACAACACACUGAAGCUGGUCAAAUUGAAUGGAGUCAAGAAUUACCAAAGACAUGCAGAUUAUCGCUUGGUUUCAAAGCCUAUUUUACUCCUGUACUUGCUGGUAUCAUGGAAUGCGAUCCACAUCAAAUUUGGACGUUUGAACAAUAUUUUUCUGAAGUUAGCGGCUUACUGGAGAAAAGAGUAAUAGAUGUGUUCAGUGUUCCCUCUGGAGCUUUACACAAAAUCUAUAUUCCGGAAGGGAACACAUUUGCAUCCUUUCAAGAGAAAAUUGCUGAGCAGACAGAUAUUCGAUCCAGUCAUCAGUCGCUGUUUUUGGAAGGCGACGUGUUUGAGGUUGAAACGUUUCAACCAGUAAAGGAAUAUCCACGAACUACAAGAGAAAGACCGAUUAUUUUAUUGAGCACCAAUAUUUCUGAUUUUCAGUCUAUCCAUAUUCCCCAUACAUGUAAGCCUCCAAAGGACAGACAAAAACACCCUAUGACAUCAUUGGAAACUGAUGCUAAUUUUGUAAAAGUUUGUUCCAGCACUCUCUUUGAUAUCAGAAAAUCUGUCGAUUAUCUUUUGCUUGUGCAAACUCUCAUUAGACUUGGUGUAAAAUGGUUUGUAUCAUAUUUACGAUCAUGGGUAAGCCGAGCACAAAUUUCUGCCAACGAAAUUAACGCAAAAAUCGAGUGUUUGAAAACAUCACUGGAAAUCUUUGAAGAACAUUACAACAGGGAAACAGCUUUACUGAGAAUAAUGGGAAAAAUGUCACCUUCUCCACCUGAGGUCAAUGAACUCAAGUUAUUUUUUCCACAAAUAACAGAGAAAAACAAGCAAUUAAGACAGCUGAAGACUGAAUUCGAGUUGGUCAGUGAAGCGAUUCGUGGUUUGGAACGUUCGAUUGUUCAGGACAAAACUCCUCUUCGAGUUUUUGUUGACGAAGGUUCUCAAGAAUCUGAUCAUCUUGUUGAGAAAAUGGACGUCAUAGCCAACCGAUCUCGAGAUAUUUACAAAGCGUUCAAGAAGCAUAAGCAUCUCAAACGACUGUCAAGCCACGAGGAACAGGUUCAUAAAUUUGACAAACAACAAUUGAAUGUCAUAUGUGAGAAGGCAGUAAGUCUUUUCACAGAGAAAAGUGUACCAGGAUGCAAGAAAAUGCACAAGGAAUCAAAUUCAUGGUUUACGAGCAUGCAGGAAUUCCAAAGUCAACUGCGCAAUGUCGAAAGUCGUCUUGGUAGAUUGCGAGAAUCUUGCGAGCAGCAAAACGAACAGCAGUUACAAAUGCAGAGAUUUUAUCGCAACAAAUUCAACGGUGCCGAACAGUCAUUGAACGGCAAUAUGUCAAGGUUAACUAUCAAUGGACAGUCAUCAUUGCCUGAAAUGAAACCAGCAUCAUGGCCUGAAAUACAUAAGACUAUGACAACGAAACAAAAUGCUGAGUUGAAGAAUGGAAUCAGAGAUGCCAAGAACAGUUUUGUUGACAUUCGAUCAGUCAUGGACGAUAAUACAUUAAUGUUACAGAGACUCCGAAACUUGCUAAACAGUGUGGAUGAUCAGAGCUCUAUGGAUAUCAUUCCACCACCUUCCAGAAAUGAUCAGAUAGAAGAGAAUUGAAAUCGAAUCUGAAUCCAUUGUUACAUACAUAUGUCUCUCUUACUCUUCAUUUUUCUUUUCGUUAAGUAGCGAUUUUAGAUACCUUAUCAUUUAUUCGUUGUAAUUGACGAUUGAAAAAAAUAAAAAAUAAAUAAAAACUUCAGGAAAGUUGAAAAUAUAGUUGCUUAGUUAUUUGAACCACUCCUCUGUGUGUAGUUAGAUAAAAAAAAACGACUGCAGGAGUAUUUUUAGUUUAUUUUUUAUUUUAAUUCAACUUAUUCCUUAUUCAAGAUAAAUUUUACCUUUUGUUAAAUUUGACUGCAGUUAGAAAUUAGAAUUCUCCGAAGCAAAAUUGUGAAAAAUGAAAUUAGGAGUAUUUCUUAGUUUGUAGAAUGGUUAAUUGUGGAAAAUAAAAUUUCUUUAAAACCAUAUCGCUUGAACUCUACAACAUUACUGUUAAAAAAUAUGUUAGUUAACCUUAAGAAAUUCAUACGAAUUUUUGUGAAUGAUUUUAUGGGGAGUUGAUCAUAACCAAAAAAGAUGCCUGCCGUGUUGUUUAUAGAUGCGAUGUAUAUUUAAAAUAUACAUUUUUCAUAUUUGAGAAUUUUGUCAUUUCUUGAUUUGUAUGAAACAGUUUUAUAUGUCUUAUAUCUACCUUACAUUAUUAGUUUAUCAUAUGUAUUUUUCUGUGUUGCAAAUCUAUCUCUUGUUUUGUGCAAACCUGUAUAAAAAAUCAUGCUUGAAAUUCUUGGAUAGUUCGCCUGAUCAUCUCCAAUACUUUCAAGAGAACUAAAUCUUGUACAAAAACGUUUGCUAUGUGAUGAACCGUCUCAACCCCCCAAAUUUAAGCAUAUUCUUAUGUUAUGCUGUGGUAAUUACUAAAUCUACUUUGCAUUGGAUGUUUUUUUACGAAUGUGGGUGACAAUAAUGAAAAUUUUGGUGUAAAUGCUUCAUCACAUAUGUAAUCUUGUGGAUGGCGUGCGUUCAUUUGUUCUGUAUAUUUUCUUUGAUGUGCCCAAUAUAAAUAUAUGCGACUUUCUUGUCUCUGCAGUAGAUCAUU